CAAAAGACGGCGCAACAACAAACAAAGACGGUCCUUGCGCGCAAACACACCGGGCCACCUCUAUGGACCGGCUUUCCCCACCAUGUCCUCCCGUAACCCCGCGAUGAUGAAGCCGCUGUCGACCGCCGAGCGCCGCUCAGCCAAUGCGAACUUCACAUCCACCGCGCGACCCCGCGUCGCAUCAGGGACGGGGACAGGGACAGGGACCGGCGAGGGGGACGAGCGGCGCGAAUCUGCCAGGACCUCGCACCGGAGCACCAGAUCCAGUGCCAUGGGCACAGCGGCCGAGCUGAGGGAGCGGCGCACGGAGAAGCGCGAGGUGCGCGAGAGGGAGACAGAGACACGGCGGACACGGAGCCCGCUGAAGCAGUCGACUGAGAGCCGCGCCAAUGCUCGAAGCCGCGCGGAGAAAGCGGCGCGCGAUGUGGAGAGACCGUCGAGGAGCGCAACGUCGAGACAGUCCCCCGAACAGCCACAGCCGCCAUGGGACCCUCGGGCAUCGCUGGUAGCGCACACGAGCGCUCCGCUGGCGACGCGCAUAUCAAUCCCUCCGCUUGCAUCGACUGCACCGCCCACCCUCCAGCCUACGCCGCUUGCCCAGCUGUCGUUGGACGCUCAGGAGAAAGCCGUGAUCGAGGACCUGCUGUUCGUGUUCAUGGGCUUCGAGGGACAGUACAUCCGGUUCAGCGAUGCAUACAACCCCCACGAGGAGAAAGAGCGGCUGCUGGGUCCGCAGUUCAAGAUACUGCCCGGCUUGGACCCCAGCCUGAAGGACCUCGCCAAGGCUAUGCUGCGGACAGCGACACACUACAUUGCGGUCGAGACAUGCGUCGAGGUGCUCAGCAGGGACCAGUAUGGCGCCGUGAACCACGCGCUGUGCGCUGCGAUACGGCGACUGCUGAAGGACUACCUUGCGCUGAUUGCCCAGCUGGAGCAUCAGUCACUGACGAACGACUCGUUCACGCUGCAUGUUUUGAACUUGCAUACGAAGCAGACUAGCCAUAUGCUCUUCCAGCUCUACACGACCGGUAUCGAGCUGCUCAAAGCGAACUGGAUACUCGAAGACGAGAAGGACGAGGAGACCGACGACGAUACCAACGAUUUCGAGAACAUCCUGGAGUCACUGCGCGAAGGGGGCGCCACGGUCAAGAAGAUGUGCAAGGGCGGAAGUGUGCUCGGUCUGAUCACCAAGCGGCUAUCGUCCAUGUCCGGCGACCCUGCGGCUCGAACGUUGCUCACAACUCUUCUGCGCGAGGCUAGCAGACCGUAUAUGGCUAUGCUGAACGAGUGGCUACAUCAUGGAGGUAUCAAGGAUCCACAUUCCGAGUUCCUGGUCAAGGAGCAGCGGAGUAUCAAACGCGAGCGGCUAGACCAGGACUACACAGACGAGUACUGGGAAAAGCGGUAUACCGUCCGAGAUGCGCUCGUGCCACCGCAACUAGAAGCAGUCAAAGAUAAAGUGCUUCUGGCCGGCAAGUACCUCAACGUCGUACGUGAAUGCGGUGGCGUCGAUGUCAGCAGACGCGUUGAGGAUGCGCCGACGACCUUCGAUGACCCCCAAUUCCUGGACAACGUCAACUCUGCAUAUGCUUCCGCAAACUCUUCCCUCCUAAACCUCCUUCUUACCACACAUCAAUUGCCUGCGCGACUACGCUCGCUCAAGCACUACUUUUUCCUCGACCGAUCCGACUUCUUCACCUACUUCCUCGAAAUGGGCGAGCUGGAGCUCAAGAAACCAGCAAAGCAUGUCAAUGUUGGCAAGCUGCAAUCGCUCCUGGAUCUCGCUACCCGCCAUGCCGGCUCUGUCGCCGUCGAAGACCCGUACAAAGAAGACAUCAAGGUUCAAAUUAACGAUGUGGGCCUUACCAACUGGUUGAUGAAGAUCGUCAAUGUCCAAGGUCUCGACCAAGAAGCCGCAACAUCGAUAUCGAACUAUACCCCCGCCAACACAGACAAUAUCACAAACGACAAAGACAUCACAGGGUACCAAGCGCUGGUCUUUGAUUACAACAUGCCCUUCCCGCUCUCACUGGUAGUCAGCCGUGUCACACUCACACGCUACCAACUCCUCUUCCGCUUCCUGCUCAGCCUCAAGCAUCUCGAGACCGAUCUCGGCAAGUGCUGGGGCGAGCAAGGCAAGAACUCAAUGUGGAAACACCAGUCGAAGAACCCACGAAUCGAGCAGUGGAAACGCAAAGCCUGGACGCUGCGGGCACGUAUGAUGGUGUUCGUGCAACAGCUCACAUACUACUGCACUGCGGAGGUCAUCGAACCGAACUGGGUAUCCCUCAUGUCCCGGCUCAGAGAAGAAGGGAAAGCCAGUGAGGAGAUGACUGGCGAGGGCGUAAAGAGGACGGUGGACGAACUGAUGCAGGAUCAUGUUGAUUUCCUCGCUACUUGUUUGAAGGAGUGUAUGCUCACCAACAGCAAGCUCCUGAAGAUCAAUAACAAAAUAAUGUCCACCUGCAACAUGUUCGCCACCUUCACAUACUCCCUCUCCCGCUACCUCGUCACCUCGGACCCGGACCUCGUGCAAACCGUCAACGAUGCCAUCGCCUCGCAACCCCCCUCCUCAAACUCAAAUCACCGACACGUUGUCUUUGAUCCGCAGCGCCUGGAUAAGAUGUUCGAUAUGCUCACCAAGUACGAGGAUAGCUUUACUCGGCAUCUUAAGAUUUUGCUGGAUACCCUAAAUUAUCUGGCCGCCACGGAGACGGUGGUUUUCUUGCAGCUUUGUGCCAGGUUAACGAGUGCGGGGGAGGGGUUGCAGGGGUUUCAGGUGCCAAUGGGUAUGGAGGGUGUGGUUUAG